CCAGACUUUCCCGUCCAGGAACCGAGUGAUCCCGCCUCGGACUCUGUUUCUCCCUAAAGCCCUUUUGCCUCUCUCUCUUUCUCAAGUGAAGGGUCAGAUCAGUCCCUGCAAAACUUUUCUGGUUUCAGAUUCCAGAAAAACCAGAAACUACUGCCCCAAAAACGUAGCUCUAAUUCUCUUAAUUACAACUUCUACUCAUGAUCCAUUAAUACAAAUCGUAGUUAGUACUUUUUUCCUUGAAUUAUUUGCUUUCACUAUUAUUAUUUUUUGAUUCGAGAAAUGAAGGAUGAUGAUACAUUACCAGUAUCAACCCCCACGUCUACGUCAUCUCUAUCAUUGAAAAAAGAAAUCAGCUCAGCUUCUGCCACCGCCGCGGCCGGAGAUCAUUCAUACUUAUUUUUCGGCAGAGGCCGGUACAAAUUUUGGGCGUUGGCGGCCAUUAUACUCCUUGCAUUCUGGUCGAUACUCACCGGCACCGUCACUCUCCGAUGGUCCGCAGCUAACCUCAAUCAACUCUCCAACCGCGACUCCCUCGACUUCCAUCUCCCCGAUGAUCUCGACGUCCUCGAAAUGGAGGAGAGGGAGAAGGUAGUGAGGCAUAUGUGGGAUGUUUAUACCUCUAGCAAUCGCCGGAUCAGAUUGGCGAAAUUUUGGGAGGAUGCAUUUAAGUCGGCUUACGAAUAUAUGAAUAGCGAUGUCCUUGGAGUCCGAGAGGCUGCCGUCUCCGAGAUCGCUAAGAUGUCCCUCCGGAGUAUCCGUCUUGAGCCUCCCCCUACGGCUCAUUCUUUGAGUAUACGAAAAUGGAGGACAAAUCAAGUAACAAGGAGGCUGGUUAAUGGCAACAGCAUGGAUUAGUUUAUGAUUUGAAGAGUAUUCUCUCAAAGUUGAAAUUCUUUUAUACACAAUUCAUUUGUACCUGUUUAUUGUCCAUUAUCAGUUAAGAAGGUAGCGGUCCUUUGCCUGUUUUCUGAACAGGAAUGAACAAUGUAUUUAUUUAGGUCUCUGAUUCUUGCUUUCACUUUUGGUUUCAAUUAGUCUUAUGUGAAAAGAAACUUUUGACCGCUGGCAUGAUAUGCGUUGGUGCUCAA